AAUAAUUCAAUAUAUGAAGUAUUAUGAAAUCCAGAGAUGUAACAGUGAAAAGCAACAACUGCUGGAGAUGAGAAGGAUUUUGAAUGCAGCGGAGCUUGCUAGACAGCGCCUUCAGUGUGACAACCCUUUGAAAAUCGCGACAAUUCCAGUCUUGCUAGCCUACUUCAAAGAAAAUCAAGAUAGGCUAUACAUCAUUAGAGAUGCUGCCACGACAGAAGAUGAUCUUGAAGCUUGCAUCAGUGCACCAACUCCUACCCUGGUGAUUCUAGGAAACUCCUUAUAUGAUAGGUCUGCUUCCUGUAAGAUUUAUAUUGAGAGUAAACCUUGCCUCACAGCUGAUAAUGUGUUACAAGGUUUCCUUAUAACAUUCUUGGCCUACUUCGUAUUUGGUCUCGAAUAUCCCAGUCAGAUAAAAAGCACACUGGAAUUCAUCCAGAGAAUUUUUUUGGACAUCAACCCAGAGCUUGGUCAUAAGAGAGUGAGCGGGCAAAAAAGACGACGUUCUCAGAUUGAUGUAAAAUCACAGAGCUUGAGUGAGUACAUUGAGAAAUUCCACGAGAGACUUGCAAACUUCAAUAAUACUGUAUAGAUAUAUAACAUGAAUAUAGAAUAGGUCUAGUUAUAUUUGAAUCUACUUUUAACUGAGUGAAUCAA